AUGAUCUCCUCACACUACAACAGAAUCAUUCUUUUCAUCCUACUAACUUUUACCUUCACAAAACAUUACCCAAGGAAUCUGCCUCAAUUAACGACAGGCGGAAGUCCAAUCAAUCCAACUAGAACAAGCAGUUCUCACCUCCACUCCAACUUAGCACCCAGCUCAAGCACCACGACUUGGACAUCUGCAUCUUCAACAUAUAUCCAGAUCCUGCCUGGUUGCUGCGUUAAGAGCAAUGGAAUUCCAGGAUCAUGUGAGACUCAAUCCACAUGCGAGCCACAAACAGGAACUCCAGCACUGCCAACCACAGUACCGACUUCAAAUCCUACCGUAUCCGCAACUCCGAGUCCUAGUCCAAGCCCAAGUCAUAGUUCAGGACGGCGGAGCAUGGAGUUGGACACCUCUCCACUGCGCUCGUUGGCUGUGUUGGGAUUGAUUUCGAUGGCCUUGAGUUAUUUGGUAUUUUGA